CAACCAGUGAAAACGGGCGUGAAGAGUUACGUACUGCUCCAGGUUCCCAGCAGGGCCGUCUCGGGUUCACUUCUGCCCCCCUGUGGGGAAAGCAAACACCGCGUAAGAGCUUGAGUAGUGACACCAAGGUUAGUGAUUAACCUUGCCUCUCCAGUCUCUCAGGACGCACACACAGAGACGCCGGACAGCGCCGUCACUGAGGCAUGCUGCCGCUCGGCCGUCACAUCCCACAACCACCACCAUGGGCGAGUGCAAUAACUGUACGCGGGAACGGGUUUUAACCGCCGAGGACAACGUGACUGUUGCGUUUCACAAAGUUGUUAGCCAUGACAAGCAGAACCAGGUCUACCACCACCGAGAAGAAGACGAGCGUGGCGAUGACGAGCAGACUGAUGAAACAGUUCAUCUGCGAACCAACUAUCCGAAGGGAGAGGAUGUUGAAGAGAAGCAACGGGCGAGGGGAAGCGAAAAUGUGCUGGAAGGCGGCGAGAAGGAAACGCUGCUGUGUAUGCUACCGGCGUUUUGCACGAGAGGCAAGGAGACCGCAUCUCCCGGAGAGGAAAAACCACCUGAGGAGCAAUCAAAGAAAUGCCCUGGUCUGGGUUUGUUCUAUGCUUUGGUGGCUACAGUUUUCUUCUCCAUCAUCGCCAUGGUGGUGAAAACCAUUGAGGGAGUCCAUGCAGUUGAGAUCAGUGCCAUCCGCUGCUUCUUCCAGAUGAUUUUUGUCAUACCGUUACUCAUCUACCACAAGAUAGAUUUCCUUGGUCCCCGAGAUAAACGUAUUUAUUUGGUGCUUCGGGGUUUCCUCGGCUCCAAUGCAAUGAUCCUUCUCUACUAUGCAGUUCAGCAGAUGCCGCUGGCAGAUGCCACUGUCAUCAUGUUCAGCAAUCCAGUCUUUACCUCGCUCCUGGCUUGGGUGUUCCUCAAAGAGAGAUGUACAAUCUGGGAUUGCGUGUUCACUAUGUUCACCCUCACCGGAGUCAUCCUCAUCGCUCGCCCGCCAUUCCUCUUCGGCGAACAUCUCAGUGGCAUCGAAGGCAACUACACUAACCAUGUCAAGGGAACUUUGGCUGCCUUCGGAGGUGCAAUUGCAGCUGCUUUCACUUUUGUCGUUCUGCGAAAAAUAGGGAAGAGCGUCCACUACUACCUCUCCGUGUGGUACUACGCCGUCAUUGGCCUUCUUGAGUGCAUUAUCACCACAUCCAUCCUGGGCGAGUGGAAUCUCCCGUUCUGUGGUCAAGAUCGCUGGAUGUUGAUGCUUAUUGCUCUUCUGGGCAUCGCUGGCCAGUCCUUCCUCACUAAGGCGCUGCAACAUGAAAACGCCGGACCCGUGGCCCUGAUGAGGACGGUGGACGUGGUACUGGCCUUUUUCUUCCAGUUUGUUGUCUUUCAGCGUGUGCCGACCUGGUGGAGCUUUGGGGGGGCGCUGUGUGUUGUGUUGAGCACCAGCGGAGUUGCACUUAGGAAGUGGUAUAACAGCUCCCGCAAGAAGUGAAAGAAGGAAUGUAGAAGUUUGCUUACACUCAUCACCUCCCCUUUAUGAGAAUUGCUAUGUCUUUUGGAUGGUCUGUAUUAUAAUUUUUUUUUUUUUUUUUUUUUAUGGAAGGGGGAAAAGCAUUCCAGAAGCUUAAUAUUAGUUCAAUGUUUGAACUUUUGGAACAUUCGGUAAUAUAAAAAGUAGCAAUAAUGAGCUGUUGACAUUAGAUGAUAAUUGAUUAGUUUGGUGGGAGAAGUGUCUCUAUUUUUCCAUUUAGCUUGUGCAAUGCACUAAUAUGUGUAGAAGUGAGGCAAUACCACACCAUGAUGCUGCCCCCCACCACACUUGACAGUUGGUAUAUUAUUUUUAGGUUUGAAGACCUUACAAUAGCCCUUAAUUUCUGUUUUGUUUGUUUUUUUCCAAGCUUACCAUUAUUUAAAAUCUAUUAGAGGUUUAAAGUUUGGUUUAGGUGGUUGAAACUUCGGUACUAUUGGGACGCACAACGGGACAGGAGUGCUCAACAAACAUUGGAACUGAUUUUUUAAAAAUAAAAAAUAGGUGGCUUGCGUUCAGUUCCUGAAAUAACCUGGUGUUCAAAAAUGAAUUGACAAUACUUAUAAACCAUAGAGCCAGCCAGAAAUUGGGCUCAAAACUUCCUUUGAAAAUGACUAGUUUUAUAUACUGUUAGCUUAUGCUUAGGAAAGGAAAAGUUCAGAAAUUGUAACUAAAAGUCCAAAAUUGAUGUUCAUGCUUAUGUUGUGUGUAUGCAAACUUCUGACCAACAUUUUGCUAUUUUACUUUAUAGAUUUCCUUUUUUAACUUUCAUGUAUUUUCUUAGUUUACGUUGUACUUUAAAUGCAAACAUGAAGAGAUGCAGACCACAUUAACAGGGUCACAUAUAACAAAUUAAAAUUCAGAAACAAUUUUAAUGUAUUUAUCCAUGUUGAUUCCAAGAGUCAACCUUUGUAGGCUCUUUAAAAGCACAGUAUUGUGUGGUUUUAUUUUGCUGAAAAUAAUAUCGGCAGGGAAUGAGAAUAAGAAAAGUCUUUAAAAGCUGCAUCCUGCUUCCUUGAAGCUUUCCUGAAUGAACUGAGAAGUUCUAAAAGUCUGGUAUAAAACUGAAAAUGAAAAUGCUCUCUGUUGUAUUUUGGAUGCAAUUUGUAAUUUGUACACAAACUCCAAAGAUAGAGUGGGACCAUUUUUGUUGAACCACAUUACUUAGAAAAAUGCUAGCUUUCAUUUUAAAGCGAUUUGCACUUGGUGCUACUGAAUAGUUAAUCAAAUACUGUAUAUAUGAUUUUUUUUCCCCUUGUGAAACUGGGUUAUUUAUGAGCAUUGGCUAAAAGCUAUAUCCUGAAAACAGGGUUGCUCUGCCUGAGUCCCUGCAGGGUUUAAAAUAUUUUCUUAAAUAUGCACAGAUUAUAAUUACAUAUUAAUAAUACCCACUUAUUUUUUCUAUUAUCGGAUGUAAAGUGCCAUUAUGUAGGAAAAUUGCGCAAAUAAAUAUAUAGUCGUAACAUUUUAGAUCUUUUGGCACCUCUAUUAAAGGUGUCUAAAAUACCUUAAAAUAAAGCCAUCAUUCAUUAAUGUUGGUUAUUUUACACUUGGUAUCAAAUCUUUUAUUUGAAUGAAUGUAUUAAAUUUCUUUCUGAGAAAAACGUCAUACAGCAUGGAAUACAUCUGCUCUACUUGAAUUAUAUAUAUACUUUUUAGAAACAUCUAUUUAAAGCUGGAUUUUGUUCCCCAUGUAAUAAAAUGAACUGAGGUAAAAUUAGUUUUUCUACCAUUUUUAGGGGGAUAUUUUGCUAUUUAAGAAUAAAAGAUUCAUUUAUUUAAAGGCUUUUUUACAUCUUUACCAACAGUGGCAAUACAAUGAAAGGACCUUGUAAUCUGCCUGUAGAAUAUCUUAAAGGGAGAUAUUUUUCAGGUCAUAUUAAUUUUUAGUCAUCAGCAUAUUUCUCAGGUCUCUCAGCUAGCACUUUAAGAUCAUCUAAUAAUCUAUGCAAAACUGAAGUAGCUCAGAUGUUUUGUUUAUAUUUUUCUUCUCAGAUAAAGUAAUCUACUCUAAACAUGGCACUACAUCAUCAGCUUUUGCAACUCAAUGAAGCUCAAUGGAGCUUUGUUUAAAUAGCUCCGUUAGAAGCAUCAUUGCUUCUAAUGAUGUUGAAAAUGAAAGUAUUCAGUUAGUAAAACAAAACUUUCUUGGUUUUAUAUUAACUUAAAACAAAAUAAAAAUAACAAAACCAGUUCAUUUUAAAACUGACUCAGGGUCUAAAAUGUACAUGACAUUUGACUGACCUCAAACAUUUAAGUUAGUUCAUUUGCCAUCAGUCUAUUUAAAUGGUUAAAAAUACUUGAUACACAGUUUUCUUUUAAGUGUAUCACAGAAGUGCUAAAAGCCAAUAUGUUUACUUAAUUGGAUUGUAAAAGGUUGGCUUGUGCAUCUAUGGAGAAAUAUCCGUUGUUAUCCAUAAGCCUUAUGGUCUUAACGCACAGUUUGUUUUGCAGUACUAUAGCUAUAAGUGUCUCAGCACAGAUUUAAUCUUUUAUUUAAUAGAUCUUAAUCUUGAAUAGUGUAAAAGUGAGAUGAUGAAAUUCAUGAAACCUCGCUGCUACUUAAUAUUCUGAAAAUUUGCUUUUACUGUUCUUUUUACAAACUGUAUGUGCAUGUUAGAACUGUUGGGUAACGGGUCAGCACAUACAAACAGGUUCAAUUGGUUUCUUUGUACAGUAAAUCAUAUUGCAAGUUUUUGAAAUCAGAGUUUGCACAGUUCAGCUUUCCUAAAGUCUUUAUUUCCCAUGUGCCUUCUCAAAGACAAAAAACUGAAAAAAAUGUGUGUGUAAGAUGUGUGUUGCAUGUGGUCACUUGAACAAGCAAUGCAACUCACUCUAUGCAAGAAGAAAACCCUGCAUUUGAGUGACUCAAGAGUUAUCUGUUUGUUGUUUAAUUUGCUGUUGUUUUCUGUAAUGACAUGUAGUGUUAAAUUGGAACAUUUUAAUUAACCAUGACCCUCAUUCAAUUGCUGUCUAAACAACAACUGGAAUAUGCAAUUUUAGAAAAGCGAAACAUUUUCGUAACAUGUUAGAAAAUGCACUGGACUUGUAAACCAAGUUUUGCAGUACCUAGGGUAUUAUAUACACAGCUUUAAAACCUUUUACUAUUUCUGUAUGUAAACAAACAUUUGUUCAAGAUGUACACAUUUCUUCCUAGUGGUAGAUUACUUUUAGUAUUUCAUAUUUUCAUAAUAAACUUUUGAAAUUCAGAAGUCA